GCCGCUCGACGCAGCUCCUCUCGCGCGCCACGCUCGGCCGGGGGAGAGGCGCGCCAAAGCUGCCCCCCGCAGCCCCCAGCCAGUCAGGAGCCCCUCAGCCCCCGCCCUCCGGCCCCCCACCCAGCCCCGCCACACCCUUCUGGAGGAUUCACUCGGGAUUCUUACCACCCCCCAAGAGGAAAACAGCCCCAAGAGUUGACUAAAGCACCCCAGUCUCUUCUCGACGACCCAGGGAUUGAUUUGCCAAGAAGUGGGAGAAUAAGGAACUGGAUCAACCUCCUUACACAAUGAAGAUUGACCUCUUCUUUUCUGUCCAAGAAGUUACGUGCUCGAUGAGUUCAUGGUUACUCCUGCUUUGCUGCUGUCGCCAUUGCUUCUAAGGGAAUUGUUGUUUGGAGACUGGUUAGCUCCAUUCUCCACUAAAGACAGUAGCUGUCAGUAACCCAAGGCCAAAAACCGGUCCUGAAAAAUCCUUACCCUACUCCUUCUCGUCUUAGGAUAAAGGCCUCUGGAUCCUACCGGAUAGCUGAGAUCUUUCCUUGGCCUGGAGAAUUUGCCACUUCAUCUCCCAUUUUCGCUUGUGGAAUUUACCUGUUAUAGUGCUUAUCACCAGAGCCUCUGCUGUGAGGGGUGUUCAACCUUUUUUGUCUCUUAAAAGAAAAGCAGCUUCUUUCAAACAUGGGCUUUACUCUCCACUCUGCCUCUUUCACCCUGAAGGUGAGCUUGUUGCUGGGCUCUUUUCUUAGCUUGUGUCUUGGGCUUGAGUUUGUGGGUGUCCCCAAUCAGUGGGCACGUUACCUCCGCUGGGAUGCUAGCACCAGGAGCGACCUCAGCUUUCAACUGAAGACUAACGUAUCAGCUGGAUUGCUCCUUUACUUUGAUGAUGGUGGCGUCUGCGACUUUCUCUGUUUGUCCCUGGUGGAUGGACGUAUUCAGCUCCGAUUCAGUGUGGACUGUGCUGAAACCACAGUUGUCACAGAUAAGCAAGUUAAUGAUAGCAACCUACACUUCCUGAUGGUCAGUCGCAACCACCUCCGGACAGUUCUUGUGGUGGAUGGCGAAGCCAAGCCUGGAGAGGUCCGACCUCAGCGUCAAUUCAUGAAUAUUGUCAGUGACCUCUUUGUUGGAGGUGUUCCAUCAGACAUCCGUCCUGCAGCCUUGACCCUUGACAGUGUCCUGAGUGAGCCACCAUUUAAAGGAUUUAUUUUGGACCUAAAGUAUGGCAGUUCAGAACCCCAGCUCCUGGGCCACCAAGGCGUUCGCCUGGACAUGGAAGGGCUAUGUACAGAGAACCCCUGUGAGAAUGGUGGAAAUUGCUUCCUUCUGGAUGGCGAGCCACAGUGUGAUUGCUCAGCCACUGGAUACAUUGGGAGAUUCUGUUCUGAAGAUGCCAGUCGUGUUCCAGGACUUUCACACCUGAUGAUGGGUGAACAAGGUAGAAGUAAAGCGAGAGAAGAGAAUGUUGCCACAUUCCGUGGGUCUGAAUACCUGUGCUAUGACCUGUCCCAGAACCCCAUCCAAAGCAGCAGUGAUGAGAUCACUCUCUCCUUCAAGACAUGGCAGCGUAAUGGGCUUAUCCUGCACACGGGCAAAUCAGCUGAUUAUGUCAACUUGGCUCUGAAAGACGGCGCGGUCUCAUUGAUCAUUAACCUGGGGUCCGGAGCCUUUGAGGCCAUUGUGGAGCCAGUCAGUGACCGUGGGAAAUUUAACGACAACUUCUGGCACGAAGUUAAAGUGACCCGCAACCUGCGGCAGCACUCAGGCAUUGGACACGCUAUGGUGACAAUCUCUGUGGAUGGAAUCCUCACGACCACAGGCUACACCCAAGAGGACUACACCAUGCUUGGUUCAGAUGACUUCUUCUAUGUAGGUGGGAGCCCCAGUACGGCUGAUUUACCUGGAUCUCCUAUCAGCAACAACUUCAUGGGCUGCCUCAAAGAGGUUGUUUAUAAGAAUAAUGACAUCCGUCUGGAGCUGUCUCGCUUGGCAAGGAUUGGUGACACAAAGAUGAAAAUCUAUGGAGACGUGAAGUUCACAUGCGAAAAUGUGGCCACGCUGGACCCCAUCAACUUUGAGACACCUGAAGCCUACAUUAGCCUGCCUAAAUGGAACACUAAACGAAUGGGUUCCAUCUCCUUUGACUUCCUCACCACAGAGCCUAAUGGCCUCAUACUCUUUACUCAUGGCAAACCCCAGGAGAGAAAGGAUUCCAGGAGCCAAAAGAAUACCAAAGUGGAUUUCUUUGCAGUGGAACUCUUAGAUGGGAAUCUCUACCUUCUCCUUGAUAUGGGCUCUGGAACUGUUAAAGUGAAGGCCACUCAGAGGAAAGCAAAUGAUGGGGAAUGGUACCAUGUUGAUAUCCAGAGAGACGGCAGAUCUGGUACCAUAUCAGUAAACAGCAGACGGACACCAUUCACUGCUAGUGGAGAGAGCGAAAUCUUGGACCUAGAAGGGGACAUGUACCUGGGAGGACUUCCUGAAAAUCGGGCAGGCCUUGUGCUUCCUACUGAACUCUGGACAGCCAUGCUGAAUUAUGGCUACGUGGGCUGCAUCCGAGACCUCUUCAUCGAUGGGAGGAGCAAGAACAUCCGACAGCUGGCAGAGCAGCAGAAUGCUGCCGGGGUCAAAUCUUCCUGCUCACGGCUGAACACCAAGCACUGUGACAGCUACCCCUGUAAGAACAACGCCGUCUGUAAAGAUGGCUGGAAUCGCUUCAUCUGUGACUGUACUGGUACUGGCUACUGGGGGAGAACAUGUGAGCGGGAGGCUUCCAUCCUGAGCUAUGACGGCAGCAUGUAUAUGAAGAUUGUUAUGCCUAUGGUCAUGCAUACGGAGGCAGAGGAUGUGUCCUUCCGCUUCAUGUCCCAGCGAGCUUAUGGGCUACUAAUGGCCACCACAUCACGUGAUUCAGCUGAUACCCUGCGCCUAGAGCUAGAUGGAGGCCGUGUCAAACUCAUGGUCAAUCUAGACUGUAUCAGGAUAAACUGUAACGCCAGUAAAGGACCUGAAACCCUUUAUGCUGGGCAGAAACUCAAUGACAACGAAUGGCACACAGUCCGUGUAGUCCGCCGAGGAAAGUCUCUCAAACUGACCGUGGAUGAUGAUGUUGCUGAAGGUACUAUGGUUGGUGACCACACCCGCUUGGAGUUCCACAACAUUGAGACUGGGAUAAUGACAGAGAAGCGUUAUAUCUCAGUCAUUCCGUCCAGCUUCAUUGGUCACCUUCAGAGCCUCAUGUUCAAUGGCCUUCUUUACAUUGACCUGUGCAAGAAUGGCGACAUUGACUACUGUGAACUGAAAGCCCGCUUCGGACUUCGCAAUAUCAUUGCUGACCCCGUGACUUUUAAGACCAAGAGCAGCUACCUAAGCUUGGCGACGUUGCAAGCCUACACCUCCAUGCACCUCUUUUUCCAGUUCAAGACAACCUCUGCAGAUGGCUUCAUCCUCUUCAACAGUGGAGAUGGAAACGAUUUCAUUGCUGUUGAACUGGUCAAAGGAUACAUACAUUAUGUGUUUGACCUUGGGAAUGGACCUAAUGUCAUUAAGGGUAAUAGUGAGCGACCUCUGAAUGACAAUCAGUGGCAUAAUGUUGUCAUCACCCGAGACAACAGCAAUACCCACAGCCUAAAAGUGGAUACCAGGAUUGUUACUCAGGUUAUCAACGGUGCCAAAAAUCUUGAUCUGAAGGGUGAUCUUUACAUUGCUGGGCUGUCUCAAGGAAUGUACAGCAAUCUUCCAAAGUUGGUGGCCUCCCGUGAUGGGUUUCAGGGCUGCCUGGCAUCAGUGGACUUGAAUGGCCGUCUGCCAGAUUUAAUCAAUGAUGCUCUACACCGCAGUGGGCAGAUUGAGCGUGGAUGUGAAGUUGAGUUGACCAAAGCUGACCUGCAAGGACCCAGCACCACUUGCCAAGAAGAUUCCUGUGCCAACCAAGGCAUCUGCAUCCAGCUGUGGGAAGGCUUCACUUGUGACUGUAAUAUGACAUCAUACGCCGGGAGUCAGUGCAAUGACCCUGGAGCCACAUAUAUCUUUGGGAAAAGUGGAGGCCUCAUUGUAUAUACCUGGCCGGCAAAUGACAGGCCCAGCACAAGGACAGACCGCCUUGCAGUCGGGUUCAGCACAACAGUGAAGGACGGUAUCUUGGUCCGAAUUGACAGCGCUCCUGGCCUUACCGACUUUCUGCAGCUCCACAUAGAACAAGGCAAGAUCGGUGUGGUCUUUAACAUUGGAACUGUAGAUAUCUCCAUCAAAGAAGAGAGCACCCCUGUGAACGAUGGCAAAUACCAUGUUGUGCGCUUCACACGAAAUGGUGGCAAUGCAACGCUUCAGGUGGACGGCUGGCCAGUGAAUGAACACUAUCCUUCAGGCAACACUGAUACUGCGUUCCAAUUGGUUAAACCGAAAAUCCCCUUCAAAUAUAACCGGCCCGUAGAGGAAUGGCUGCAGGAAAAAGAUGAUGCAACACCGCAUCACUACUUGACUUCGAGACCCGCCACGACGACCAAAAUUGGACGACAGUUAACGAUCUUCAACACCCAGGCGAAAAUAGCCAUUGGAGGAAAAGACAGAGGGCGUCCCUUCCAAGGCCAACUCUCCGGUCUCUAUUACAAUGGCUUGAAAGUGUUGAACAUGGCAGCAGAGAACAACCCCAACAUCAAGAUCAACGGAAGUGUGCGACUUGUUGGAGAAGUACCGUCCAUCGUGGGAACAGCACCCACAACCUCCAUGCCCCCAGAGAUGUCAACGACAGUCAUGGAAACCACCACAACCAUGGCCACAACCACAACCCGAAAAAAUCGUUCCACUCCCACCAUUCAGACAACAGAUGACCUCGUUUCAUCAGCAGAAUGUUCCAAUGAUGACGAAGACCUCAUUGAAUGUGAACAGAGUGUAGGAGGUGAAUUAGUUAUCCCUCUUCUUGUAGAAGACCCUUUAGAUAUCCCUUCUAUUGCUACUCGUGCACCUUUCAUUACACUCCCCACUACCUUCCGCCCCCUCCUCACCAUUAUUGAGACCACCAAAGAUUCCCUGUCCAUGACCUCUGAGGCGGGGUUACCUUGCUUGUCGGACCAAGGCAGCGAUGGUUGUGAUGAUGAUGGCUUGGUGAUAUCUGGGUAUGGCUCAGGGGAAACCUUUGACUCUAACCUACCCCCUACUGAUGAUGAAGAUUUUUACACCACCUUCUCCUUGGUAACAGAUAAGAGUCUUUCCACUUCAAUCUUCGAAGGUGGCUACAAAGCACAUGCACCCAAGUGGGAAUUCAAGGACUUUAGACCUAACAAAGCCUUCGAAACUGGUAGGACUACUACCACAUCUUUGUCCCCUGAGCUGAUCCGCUCCACAGCUUCGUCCUCGACUGGGAUGAUGCACAAAUUGCCAUCCGGCAACAUCAAUAACCGUGACCUCAAACCCCAGCCUGACAUAGUCUUGCUUCCGUUGCCCACUGCCUAUGAGCUAGACAGCACAAAACUGAAGAGCCCGCUAAUAACUUCCCCCAUGUUCCGUAAUGUGCCCACAGCAAACCCCACGGAGCCAGGAAUCAGACGGGUUCCGGGGGCCUCAGAGGUGGUCCGUGAGUCGAGCAGCACAACGGGGAUGGUCGUCGGCAUUGUGGCUGCUGCCGCCCUCUGCAUCCUGAUCCUCCUGUACGCCAUGUACAAGUACAGGAACAGGGACGAGGGGUCCUAUCAGGUGGAUGAGACACGGAACUACAUCAGCAACUCGGCCCAGAGCAACGGCACGCUCAUGAAGGAGAAGCAGCAGAGCACAAAGAGCGGCCACAAGAAACAGAAAAACAAGGACAAAGAAUAUUACGUGUAAAAAAAAAUCUUAUUUAUAUAUAUAAAUAUAUAAAUACUUAAUGAGAUAUAACUGAAUCAAAACUGUUACAGCUAACGAGAUUGGGAGCUACAGUUUGUGGUUUAACAAAAUUGAGAAUAAACAUUUCAGCUGUGACUGCUAAGCUUUCAGUCAUCGCUUGGAGUCCCCAAACUCUGCCCUACUGUAUUAUAAAGCACACUUAGCAUUCUGAAGAAGGCACAUGCAGCAUUACCAUGUUGGCGGACUUUAAAGCCUUCAGACCUCCUCCUCAGCUGAACUUUUCUGCAAACGCAGAAGACUCCAUGGCUUACUUGUUUCGUAUCUCCAAGUGAGUCUUUAAUGAUGUUCAUGAUUUUCGACUGUACGCUAAUUUUUUUCAGUUUAAUUAUUUUAAAAAUAACAAAAAAAGAAAAAAGAAAAAAUGCAAUGUUAUCAAACAAAAACACAACUGAUCUGGCCGUGUCCAGCCUUCGUAACAUUUUUCAAGAUGUGAGGGGGAAAGCAAAAUAAAUGGUUUGGGGUUUUCAUUAUGUUUUUGUCUCAGCUUUUCUUUUUUUUUUUCAUUUUCUGUGAGGGUUUUUUGGGAGAAUGAACCAGGAUAUAAAUCAAGAAGAAAUGUGGGAAGAAGGGGGUGUCGAAUUUAGUAAUAAAGGACUAUUGCCAUAUAUAUGAACUCAAGUUCUACCCAUGGUGUUUGAUCUACAUAUCAGGUUGUGUUGUCUCUUGAAUCUGUUGUCUGCAGUAAGUUGUUAACGUAACUAUUUUUUAAAAAAAUAUGAUGGGAGUGGUGGCGGUGCUGAGAAUGACAGUGAAAAAAUGGACUCCCCCACCCCAGGAUCUGGCUCCAGUAUUUCUAACUGAAGUCAUGAGGAGAUUAUAUUGGUUCUUCUUUGACGGGGGGGAAGGGGCCCCGUGGUUAUACUUGAUUAUCAUUUAGUAUAUAAUAGCACAGCUAAGCUAUAAAAAGUGAACAGACCAAAACAAACAAAAUAAAAAUAUUUAGCCAUUCUGAACAAAGCAAGAAAAAAAAUUAAAGGAGCCAUUCUCUGGGUUCUGGCUCCUUACCUGACUACAGUGCAUGAAUGCAAAAGACGUAUUAAUAGUCAAAUGAAUAAAGAGUUUAGAAAGAUAAUACUGAGUUCAAUUUGUGACACAAUGUCACUCAAGCCAAAAACAUGUCAUAGAGGGGUACAAAACAGGGGUGUGUUUUGGUUUCUUUGUUUUUUUAUCAUGAAGGUAUGUUUCAUAUGUAACAGUUUAAUUUUGUAGAUUGUCAUUUCUGGUUUGCUGUCCUUCCAUUUUGCCCUAGUCUGCUUUUCCCUUCUCUUUUUAUAUGAAAGAAGGUAAAUCUAAAACGUCACUAUGACAUACAGAAAUAAAAUUAAUUAAAGGAGCUUAUUAAUAGUAUAAUAUAUAUAAAUAUAUAUAUAUAUACACAGAUAUAUUUAUCAUGGUAUGUUUGAUGGGACGACUGGAACAGAAAUGCUGUUGAAGUCUUAAUAUGAAUUGAGAAUGUUGUAAAGAAAAAUGUUUUUACAAAACAACAAAAAGCUAAACUUUGAAAAUGUGAAGAGAGUGUGCAUUUAAACUUUGUCACAGUUAUCUGUGUCAAAAAAGAUUUUAAGAAAAAAAAGAUUUUGUUUACAUAUUUUACUACAGGUUUUUUUUGGCUGGUGUAAUUUCUAGAUGGGUACUCUGAUGUACAUAAUGCUCCGAGGUUUCAUUAGGUUGUUGAUUCUAUUAAUGUACGUAAUUUUGAUUAUUGAUUUUUUUUAAAAAAAAAUCUUCUAUUAUUUGAAAGAGAGCAACUCAUUGUACAGGAAAAACAACCAACAGGGGUUUUUUUGGCCACAAAUAUUAUGUGCAAAAAUUGAAAAAAAAACAAAACAGAAAAAGAGACAGGCAGAUAGACAGGAAAAACAUACAAAUUGCAUAGAGGACUCUGGCAUAUUAGAAAUGUACAAUUUUCUAUGUACAAAUGAAAUCUAAUCAGCUGUUUAGGUUUAGAAAUCUACUCUUGCUGGUGUUUAUAAGUCGCAUGAAUCUUUGACUUUGAAGAAGUGUUAUCCAAUGCACACACGCACAUGGGAACAAAAUAAAAAAGGCAGCCUUCUCAAAUCGUUUGAGAAGAGGCUUUCCUGGCUAACAAAUCUUUUCAGUGUGUGUGAGGUUGCUUUUUUAAUUUUUAAUUAGUUUUUACACUACAACAGGAAAAA